UCUCAUGGCUUUGCACUGCACACUGCUUCCUACUGUCAGCCACCACAGCACAGGAACAGCCAACCACAUCCAACUGGAACCAUGCAGUCUGCCGAAGCAAAAUUCAUCAAAAACAGCCUGCUCCUGGCUCUGAGACGAUACGACUCAGCUGUCAGCGACAUGGAGCAGACCAUUCUCCUGCCGAGCCUUCUGCGGGACGUUCCCUCUGAUGAAGUGUGGGACUGCGAAGCAGCAGAGGAGUCUGGCAGAGACCUGUAUGGCAACUACCUGAUGUUCAAGGACAUAAGAAACACAGUGGAGUGCAGCCUGAUUCUCCAAGAUGACCACAAGGCCAGGAACGCAGUGCUCGACAAGACCCUGGAGCCACUCUUGGACACGGAUCCUGAAGCUCUCUUCCGCUUCCACCUGAAGGGACUGUUUUGUGUGAUGAGCGACCUAACCAAGAAGACUCAGAGCCUCACUGAGAAAUAUAUGGACAUCAUUGGAGUGGCAAAUUAGAAAACAUGUAAGAUAUGUGAACAUCAGGCAAAAUAUCUGAUGUUUGUUAAAGUGCUGUAUGCUGUAUGUUACUAAGUCACAUGCACAUUUCAAAUGUCUUAACUGUUUACAUUCAGUGACCCCAUGUGUCUAAAUUAAUGGAUGGUGAACAAACGUGUAACGUUAAACCUGAUCAAUUCUAACUCUUCAUUUGCUAACUGUUAUAGUCCCUUGGACACUGUGUUGAAGAUUAAGCACAAUGUUGAUUGAAUAAAUGAUCAUGAACCACA